GGAUGGGAGUUCUCUGGUUACUGUCAAUGACCAUCAUUUGUCACACCACACAACGUAUAACAGCAUGGCCUGGAGGAAAUCAGUCUUCAACCUCAACUAGCAAACCUGUAUUUGAAAAUCAUACAAUAAACACAUUAGAAGAACUUCCACUUAGAAAAUCUAUCGUAAAUUCAUCGGAAGAAAACAUGAGGGAAAAAAGAGGAACAAUAUCCAAUGAAAACACCAUAGAGUCUGAUUUAGAAAAAAGAGAUCAGAAAUAUAAAUUUUCCAGUUGGGGUGGGAAAAGAAAUCAUAUUCCAGAAGAAAAACGAGCGAAAUUCUCAAGUUGGGGAGGAAAAAGGAGCUAUGAGUUGGGAAGCAAUGAAAUUGAUGAAGAUAUACAAGAGGAAAAAAGAGCAAGAUUUUCAAGCUGGGGCGGGAAGAGAAGCGAUAAUGAUGCAGAAAAGCGUGCAAGAUUCUCGUCUUGGGCUGGUAAAAGAAAUCUUAAUGAAAUAUCAGAAGACAAAAGGUCAAAAUUUAACAGUUGGGCAGGAAAAAGAAUGGAUUUAGAAGGAGACAAGCGAGCAAAAUUCUCAUCAUGGGCAGGAAAAAGAGCCAGGUUCAACAGUUGGGCUGGUAAACGCAGUGAUAAUGUCUUUUAUGAUGAAAAACGUGUUCCAUUUAAUAGCUGGGCUGGAAAAAGAAACUACUUAGAACCCGAAAAUGAAUAUGAAACAGCUGAAGACAAAAGAGCUAAAUUUUCAAGUUGGGCUGGGAAAAGAAGUUACUUCCAACCCAAUACUGAUGAAGAUGAAAUUUCUGAAGUAAAAAGAGAAAAGUUUUCCAGUUGGGCUGGUAAAAGAGCACCUGAUUAUGUUGGAAUUCCUUGGAACUCUCCAGAUAACAAAUUACGAUACUACUCAAACGCAGGAGGAGAGCAAGGUUCGGAAAAUAUAAUGAAACUUUGGCAAGAUCUAAUGUCUAGAAAAAGAGCAAGAUUUUCUUCAUGGGCUGGAAAGAGAAGUGAUGAAACAGUAUCAGACAAUGAAAGUCUUAUAAGGUUUCUGAAACCUGAAGCAGAAGAAAAAAGAGCCAAGUUCUCUUCAUGGGCAGGAAAAAGAGAUGAUAUAGAUACAAACAAAGUAGGAAGCUGGGGAGGAAAUCAAGGGAAUGAAUCAGUUGGAGAUUUAAACAAUGGAAGAGAAUACCCAAGUAUGAUUGUGAAAAGAAGUGCUUAUUCAUGGAAUAGCCCAUCAAUUGCAUACAAACGUAAACCAAUAUUUUCCUCUUGGGGAGGGAAACGAAGUGAUGAUAGCCAUACUAUACAAGCCAGGUCACUUCCUAUGCAACGUGUAUUAUUUAAUGGAGUUAAAGACAGGUCUUGGGGUUCACUUCUUCGCCCAAUCAGAAGAGGUCCGGACUUCUAUGCUUGGGGAGGCAAAAGAUCAACAUAGUUACCUCAGAAAAAUUUACUGUCUGUAUUAAAGGUGCUUUUAUUUAUGUCAAAUUUCUUGAAACAUAGUAAAAAUCAAUCCAAAAAAAGUAAAAUGAAAAAAAUAUAUAAGGAUGACAAUUCAUAGAUAUUAGAUUAUUUUUAAUUAUUUCUGUAUGUUUCACAAAAUAAAAUGAAGGCUGUAAUUUAAAAAAUAUAUAAAUAUAUAGACCUUAAUUCCUCUUUCAUAACAAAUUAUUUAAUAUUUUGAGUGUUAGCAACAGCCAGAAUGGCAUUAAUAAAAUGCAUUUUAAAAAUGUUAUAUCCUGUUGUACCUUAUUUUUCUUAAAAUAAAAAAGAAAAGUUA